CUGAGAAUUCAGAUUUCAGAUUCUGCCUCUCUUUCUCACUCAAACAACAACAACAACACAGUGCGCAGCCUCCUCAACACCGACCAUGGAAACGGCGGAAUCCUCUGUCAAUCAUCCCAUCUUGUCUCUUCCGCUUAUCGACCUCCGCCUGUUAUCCCAACCAGAAUUGCACUCCCUCUCCUUCUCCUCCGCCACCAACGGCGGCACCAACCACCACUUCGACAUCCCCAAAAUUCAAAUUGACCGUUCAAUUUUCAAUGAGUCCGCCGGCAGCCGCAAGCAGACCUACUCCCGUCUCCGCCUUCUUCCGCGGAACAAAUCCAAUUCCCGUCGUUCCCCCUCCUCCUCCUCCUCCUCCUCCUUCCGCAUUCCGCCGGAGCCAGAAAACUCCGACGUAGUUUCCUUCCUCAAAGGGCUUUUCGGCGUCGUACCACUCCGCGGUGCCAACAACGUCAACCCCCAUGAUCCUCUUCGGGUAUUGGCCCUGCCGCCACCACCCGUGGCGGGCACCUUGCAUAACGUUCCGAUCGACGUCGUUGGUGGUAGCGGCCUGAACGUUCCGGUCGCCGUCGUUGAUGGUAGUAGCAGCCAGACGAAGUCGAGGAAGCGCGGGCGGCCGCGCAAGAAUCAAGAAGCUGUUGUUUCGGUUCCGGUGGGAAAUGGGGUUGCGCAGGAGGAGGCGAAGGCGAUGGCGAUGGUGGUGGCUGUGGUUGAGGAUGAGCAGAAGAAUGGUUUGGUGGUGGGGGAUGUUGGUGAUCCGUUUGUUGAGCAGCUGAUUGAGAGGACGCAAGGGUUGGUGACCGAGUCGCAGAUGAGAGAGUUUAUGGAGAGUUUGGAGGGAGUGUGGGCGAGUGAUAGGAAGAAGAGGAGGAUUGUGGAUGCUAGGAUUCUCUGUGAUUUGUUGCCUCCUGGGUGGAAGCUCGUGCUUAUUCUUCAGAGGAGAGCGGGUCGUUUUUCAGUGCUUUGUCGCUUCUACAAAAGCCCUGAUGGACACCAAUUUGAGUCGUACAAGGAAGUGUGUACACACCUUUCUUCCAACAAUGGCAAUUUCGCCAUGGCAUCUGAAAAUCAUCAGCAUGUUGGUCAUGUCCCUACAUCCAUGGAGACUGAUGCCAAUGCAAUUUCUGCUUAUCAUGAAAAGCAGACCAGCAUAGCAUCAUCGAUUGGAACUGAGAAGCAGGCAAGCAUAGCAUCAUCUAUUGGAACUGAGAAGCUAAACAUUUAUGAUGGGAAUUCCAAUAGUCAUCUGGCUUUGGGUCAUAAAUUAGGAGAUGCUGGUAGAGACUCUGACCAAACUGAAGAUAAGCAACCAUUGAAGGCUGAUAAAAAUGAUGCAAAUUCAGUUCAGGGAUGUUCUCUUAAGCAGGAUAAUGAACCCCAUGAGAAUUCGGUUGGUGCUAUUCAGGCUAGUGAUGCUGCAGUUAAUUUAUAUAUUCCUCUGGUUUUCACAUCUCCUUUAUCUAAUAAUGAUAUUGGUAUUGACCAACUUUCUGAUGAAAGAAAUGCUGUAACACGCACAAAUAGUGGCAUUUAUAAUUUUGAUGGUCAGGAUAGAAAUACAGUAUCCUAUGAAACUGUUCCAUGUGGAAAGGAUCAAGCACAUUUUGACAACUGUUCCACAGUCAUGACACAGACGUCCAUGCUGAAGGACUCUGCUGUGGGAAGUUUGUUUGAUAAUUAUUUUCCUAGUGGUGGUGUCCCAGAUGCAUCCGGGUCUGGUGGAGUUGAUUUUAUUCCUGGCCUUAAAGUAGGUAAGGAUGUUAAUGAUAAUCAUGUUUAUCCAAAUGAGGAAGUUGUGACAAGCUAUUUACAGAAAAGGAGUUCCUCAGAUGAUCAAAUGUUCACAAUGGACAAUUUGUUGGGUGGAAGUUUUGAAGGUAACUUAUUUCCUCUGGCCAAUAAUCAUCACCCUUCUGCUUUUCAAGAUAAUAUGAAUAUCACUGCUGGAACUUUUGACGUGCUCAAAUCUGUGGAUGCUGGUUGUGUGGAGCCUCAGUUAGGCAUUAUUUCUUCUAGCAAUGUUGUUGCAGCAGACGCAUGUACAUCUGCAAGAGUUAUGCAGGGAACUUCUGAAGGACGUGUAUCUGUUCCUCUUGGUGGAAGUAUGUCAAACUGUUUUGACAAGCAAUGCGAUGAUGAUGUUAAUAAAGAAAAGAAAUCUUGCUUAUCUGAGAAGGCUAAGAGUGAAGUUGAAAUGUUCCAAAACGACUCUAUGGGUAUGUCCAAAUUCCAGUAGCAGGCAGAUAGAUUCAGAUGCAGAAGUGGUGACAGAGCAGUGCAUGAAACAGUUUCUGAAUAAAACAUUUCCUAUCGAGGAUGGUAUUGAUAGCUUAGAAAAGACAAUAACUUGAAGGAAGCAUUCUUUUGUGGGUAGAUUCAUUCCGCUGGUCGUGCACUGCUGUGACGCUUCUUUUGCUUCUUGCUAGAGCUCAGAUCAGAUACAUUAUUUAUUUUGCAAGGGAAGUUCUUGUUUUAAGUCCAUUCAAUUCAAAACAUUCUUUUCUCAUCUGGGUAGACUGGUAUACUGAUAUCAAAUUUUUGGUAGAUCCUUCAAAUUCAGAAGGAACUAGUUUUUCCCUUAAUUUUAUAGGAGAAAAGUCAAAUGACAUUUUCAUUUUCGUCUUUGACAUGGAUAUUAAUUAUUCGCACAAUCGCGCAAUUAAUUGUUUGGGGACCAUCUCUAGCUAAUGCUUGGGUGGCCGGUUUAUUUA